GCCGAACAGAUCURGAUACGACCACCGGAGAGUUGACCAUCARAUCCWUGACAAAGGCCGAUGAAGGAAUCUUCUCUGUGGAGAUCAACUCUAAAGUCCAGCCUGUUGAAUAUUCUGCCAGGGGGAUCACACAUUUACGUGACAAGAAGGUUGAAGUCCUGCUGAGACCUGUGGCGUGCACCUUCAGCUCACCUCAGUGUACCCUGAGCUGUCAGGCAGAUGUUGCAGAUGUUGGACCUGUUCAGUACUUCUGGCAGCAGGACGAAGGACAAUGGAAGGAGCUGCAGAAGGACAUGAUCAUCACCAGAAAUGAGGAAACACGACUGAUCAAAACAUUCAGCUGCAAAAUAAAGAAUCCCAUCAGUGAGAAGAACAGUGAACCUCUGGAGAAUCCUUUCAUCAAAAAGCCAGAAGAACAGAGUCAUGUUGGUCUGAUUGUUGGGAUUAUUUUCCUGUUGUUUUUAAUAUUGGCAGGUGCGGCACUUUCAGUGUUUGCCUACAAAUAUCCAGAGAAAGUUGCACCUUGUCUACCCUGUGUUGCUGGACCUCCUGAUCAACAUCCCACUGAAGAAUCUCCAGAUGAUGGAGAAAAGAGAGAGGUGGUCUCCAACAAGACUCCUGAAGAACUUGAAAGCCAUGAUAUGACCCCUCUGAAAGGUCCUGAGACUGGGACCUCCAACGGGACCCCUGCUCCACAACAUAUUGGCAGCAGUGUGACGGUACAUCUGGACACAGAGGCCAACACCGAGACCAAAUAUCCAGAGGAAAUUGCACCUUGUCUACCCUGUGUUACUGGACCUCCUGAUCAACAUCCCACUGAAGAACCUCCAGAUGAUGGAGAAAUGAGCGAGGUGGUCUGUCUGAACACAGAGUCUGAGAUCGAGACCUCCAACAAGACUCCUCCAGACCCUGAUGAAAGCAGUGAAACGACCCCUCUGAAAGGUCCUGAGACCUCCAACGGGACCCCUGACCAGUCAUGAAUCUGUGGAUCUGUCCAGCAGCUUCUCUUUGGGAAACUGAACAUUCCUCUUCUGUUUAUCUGCAAAACCUUCUUUGGACAAACAUUUUUACUGGAUUUUAUUUUUUCUGCCUCAAUGAUAAUCACAUGAAGUGCCUCACAGCCUGGGUUUUAAUGCUUUUAUUAUCAUGACUUUUUUCAUUAUUGAUUGUUUUUAAAUCCAUAAUCAUGUAGAAACAAUCUUUGUUUCUUGACUAAAAGUAAAUCAUGACUUUGCAGCGUUUAGACAAUGAGGAAAUCAGAUUGUGGUCAGAGAAGGUGGGGUCUGCUGUCCCCCCUCAGUGAUGGUCUGACUGCUGCACACUGGAUCAUUGACAUGAAAAUCACUCACAAACUUGCCUGUUUAAAUAGCAAAAACAAUGAAUGUGAAGUGUUUAAAUACUUGAAAUUUUUUUAAGUACCACUGGUGAGCAAAGGCCUGAGUAUUUUGUAUUAUAAUUUUUAUUAAGUUUGUCACAUUCUGUGUUAGAUGAAAAUACAUUGUACAUUGUCAGUUUAUAAAACAUGUUUGCAUUGCCACAAAAGACAACUGCUGCAGAAUGAUUUUAAAAUACAGUUUUUUACAGUCUUUAUAAUGCACUCAUGUUUUUUUUUUCUGUUUGAUAUUGCUGUGUUUUAAUUGAAAUAGUUUCAAGGUGCCUUAUAUCAUUAGCAACAUUUAUUAAGUUUAAAUUUUGUCAAGUGUUAUGAACAAGUGAAACGUGCCUUUAAAAUAAAACAUGUUGCAUCACGUA